AUGGCUGCCUCUAGGAUUCUUCUGGCCCUGCUCUCAAUAGCCCUGCUGGCCCUGACCUCAGCUCAAAGGGUCAGUGAAGAUGAUGAAAAUUCUCCUCAAGAGGAAGAUGCCCUUGAAACAGGAGACUCCAACCAACAAAAUGGUGAUAUACAUUCAGGGCUAAAUGAAAUGAAGAACCAUUUUAAAGAUCAACUAAAACAGCAUGGUAAGGAGGCCAUCAAAUUCAAGAAAGGGAAGAAUGGCCUACGUAGCAGACGAAACUCUGAAGAUGACAGCUUGGAAGGCCAAGAUCAUCAGAGUGGAAAUGAACGAGCAGGAGGUGGCCAAGGAGGCCGUGGUCGCAGUGAACUAAAAGGCCAGAAUGGAAAAGGUAGUCAGAAAGGCAAGAAAGGAAAAGAUGGCCAGCAAAACCAGAAAGGAAAAGGUGGCCAGAAAAAACAGAAUGGAAAAGGUGGCCAGAAAAAACAGAAUGGAAAAGGUGGCCAGAAAGCAAAGCGUGGAAACGGUGGCCAGAGAAGCCAGCAGGAUGAUGUUCAAGAAGUCUCCCAGGAGUAA